AUGCAAGUCAUCAAUGCACCAUGCAAAGCACAAUACCACAGCUCUAGUACCUCAGACAUCCUGUCUGAUAAAAUGCAAGCCAUCAAUGCACCAUGCAAAGCACAAUACCACAGCUCUAGUACCUCAGACAUCCUGUCUGAUGAAAUGCAAGUCAUCAAUGCACCAUGCAAAGCACAAUACCACAGCUCUAGUACCUCAGACAUCCUGUCUGAUGAAAUGCAAGCCAUCAGUGCACCAUGCAAAGCACAAUACCACAGCUCUAGUACCUCAGACAUCCUGUCUGAUGAAAUGCAAGUCAUCAAUGCACCAUGCAAAGCACAAUACCACAGCUCUAGUACCUCAGACAUCCUGUCUGAUAAAAUGCAAGCCAUCAAUGCACCAUGCAAAGCACAAUACCACAGCUCUAGUACCUCAGACAUCCUGUCUGAUGAAAUGCAAGUCAUCAAUGCACCAUGCAAAGCACAAUACCACAGCUCUAGUACCUCAGACAUCCUGUCUGAUGAAAUGCAAGCCAUCAAUGCACCAUGCAAAGCACAAUACCACAGCUCUAGUACCUCAGACAUCCUGUCUGAUGAAAUGCAAGUCAUCAAUGCACCAUGCAAAGCACAAUACCACAGCUCUAGUACCUCAGACAUCCUGUCUGAUAAAAUGCAAGCCAUCAAUGCACCAUGCAAAGCACAAUACCACAGCUCUAGUACCUCAGACAUCCUGUCUGAUGAAAUGCAAGUCAUCAAUGCACCAUGCAAAGCACAAUACCACAGCUCUAGUACCUCAGACAUCCUGUCUGAUGAAAUGCAAGUCAUCAAUGCACCAUGCAAAGCACAAUACCACAGCUCUAGUACCUCAGACUGGCACUUCUUACCAGAUGGCAACACUGCUUUACUAACAAUGUCUGUUUUACCUGAUUUUUUUCUCUAA